UGUUUCUUACAACCCGAUGGUUGGAAAGCUUCUUCCUUCGUUGCGUUAGAUCUCUUCGAAAUAGUUGUUCAAUUCGUGCAUUUCCAUUUCUCUCAUUUUCCCUUGGGAUUCUGUUCUUCAGCGGCUCAAAUUUGCUGCCAUUUCCCAUUUCUUUGUGCAUUUGGUGCUUUUCUAGUCUCUCUGUUCGAUUGAGCUCGGCCAUAGUUGGGCAUUUGUCAUGUAGGAGUGUCGAUCUGGUGUUUUGAGGAGACUUCUUAUCUUUUUUGACUGUGUUCUUGAGCUGGAUCUGAAGAUCUUCAAUCUCAGCAAAGCUGGCGGCAACACUGGCCUGGAGGUUUUCCGCCAACAAUGGCAGCAGCCUUGCAACUAAUGAUCUGGAGAGAAAUGGGGAUGGUAAGCCCCAAGAUUCAGAACCUCCAACUCCACAUUCACUUAUAAAGAUGGGUUCAAGAGAGCGUAGUAGCAUGGAAGAUCCAGAUGGGACAUUGGCAAGUGUUGCCCAAUGUAUUGAGCAGUUGCGGCAAAACUCGUCACCCGUACAGGAAAAAGAGCAUUCUUUGAAGCAGUUGCUUGAGCUUAUUGAUACACGUGAAAGUGCUUUCAGUGCUGUUGGAUCUCAUUCUCAGGCAGUUCCUGUACUUGUGUCUCUUCUUCGAUCAGGAUCUCAUGGGGUGAAGGUGCAGGCUGCUACUGUUUUAGGCUCUUUAUGUAAGGAAAAUGAACUAAGAGUCAAAGUGUUGCUUGGGGGCUGCAUUCCACCAUUGCUUAGUCUCCUUAGAUCCAGCUCUGCUGAAGGUCAAGUUGCAGCUGCUAAGACUAUUUAUGCUGUUUCCCAAGGCGGAGCAAAGGAUCAUGUUGGAUCAAAAAUUUUUUCAACUGAAGGAGUUGUGCCUGUGCUCUGGAAACAACUAGAAAAGGGGCUGAAGGCUGGAAACUUAGUUGAUGGCUUACUUACAGGAGCUUUGAGAAACCUAUCCACCAGCACUGAGGGAUUCUGGCCUGCAACAAUACAAGCUGGAGGGGUUGAUAUACUUGUUAAGUUGCUUACAACUGGACAGUCAAGCACCCAAGCUAAUGUAUGCUUUCUUCUUGCAUGUGUGAUGAUGGAGGAUGCAUCUGUUUGUUCCAAGGUUUUGGCCGGGGAGGCUACAAAGCAACUCCUUAAGCUAUUAGGGCCUGGUAAUGAGGCGUCUGUCAGAGCAGAAGCUGCAGGGGCCCUUAAAUCUCUUUCUGCCCAGUGCAAAGAAGCAAGGCGGGAAAUAGCUAAUUCUAAUGGUAUACCUUCUUUGAUAAAUGCGACAAUAGCUCCUUCAAAAGAAUUCAUGCAAGGUGAGUAUGCCCAAGCUUUGCAAGAGAAUGCAAUGUGUGCUCUUGCAAAUAUUUCUGGUGGUUUGUCAUAUGUUAUAUCCAGCCUUGGUCAAAGCCUUGAAUCGUGUGCUUCACCUGGACAAACAGCUGACACCUUAGGGGCUUUAGCUUCUGCACUUAUGAUAUAUGACAGCAAAGCUGAAACUACCAGAGCAUCUGAUCCUGUGGAUAUUGAGCAGACAUUGGUUAAGCAAUUUAAGCCUCAGUUACCAUUUCUUGUGCAGGAACGGACCAUAGAAGCCCUUGCCAGUUUGUACGGGAAUACAACACUCUCAAACAAACUUGCAAAUUCUGAUGCAAAGCGCCUUCUUGUUGGUUUGAUCACAAUGGCUGCCAACGAAGUUCAGGAUGAGCUUAUCAGAUCUCUGCUAAUGCUUUGCAAUAAUGAAGGUAGUCUAUGGCGUGCCCUUCAAGGUCGUGAGGGGAUUCAGCUAUUGAUUUCUCUUCUUGGGCUUUCAUCAGAACAACAACAAGAAUGUGCUGUUGCAUUACUUUGUCUUUUAUCUAAUGAGAAUGAUGAAAGUAAAUGGGCCAUCACAGCCGCUGGUGGCAUACCUCCACUAGUCCAAAUUUUAGAGACUGGUUCUGCAAAAGCGAAGGAAGAUUCAGCGAAAAUCCUUGGGAAUCUCUGCAAUCACAGUGAGGAUAUACGUGCAUGUGUUGAAAGUGCUGAUGCUGUUCCUGCCUUAUUGUGGCUACUGAAGAAUGGUAGUUCAAAUGGGAAAGAAAUUGCUGCAAAGACAUUGAAUCACUUGAUCCACAAAUCAGAUACAGCUACUAUUAGCCAACUUACUGCAUUGCUAACCAGUGACUUACCUGAAUCUAAAUUUUACAUUCUGGAUGCUUUGAGAAGUAUGCUUUCUGUUGCCCCUAUCACUGAUUUAUUGCGCGAAGGAAGUGCUGCAAAUGAUGCAAUAGAGACAAUGAUAAAAAUUUUAAGCUCUACCAAAGAAGAGACUCAGGCCAAGUCUGCAGCUGCUCUGGCUGGAAUUUUUGAUCUCAGAAAAGACUUGCGUGAAAGUAGCAUUGCUGUCAAAACUCUUUGGUCUGCCAUGAAACUUUUAACCAUCGACUCUGACAACAUCUUAGUAGAAUCUUCACGUUGCCUUGCAGCAAUAUUUCUCUCAAUCAAAGAGAACAAGGAUGUGGCUGCUGUUGCUAGAGAUGCAUUGUCUUCAUUGGUGGUGCUAGCUAACUCCACAGUUCUCCAAGUGGCAGAGCAAGCAACUUGUGCUUUGGCAAAUCUUCUUUUGGACAGUGAAGUUUCAGAAAAAGCUAUUCCUGAAGAAAUCAUUCUACCUGCUACAAGGGUGUUGCGUGAAGGCACAGUUGCUGGUAAGACACAUGCUGCAGCAGCAAUUGCUCGACUACUUCACUCUCGCCAAGUUGAUUCUGCCUUGACUGAUUGUGUGAAUCGUUCUGGAACCAUUCUGGCAUUAGUUACUUUCCUAGAUUCUGCUGCUAAUGGAUCUGCUGCCAUGUCAGAGGCACUAGAUGCACUGGCCUUUAUGUCAAGGUCAGAAGGUGCUGGUGGACAUAUCAGACCGGCUUGGGCAGUUCUAGCAGAAUUUCCAGACAGCAUAGCCCCAAUAGUCUCAUGUAUUGCUGAUGCGUCACCUUUGCUGCAGGACAAAGCCAUAGAAAUAUUAUCACGGCUUUGCCAAACUCAGCCUGAUGUCCUAGGAAACACAAUCGCUUGUGCUUAUGGAUGUAUUGCAUCAAUUGCUGGAAGAGUUAUCAGUGUGUCAAACAAAAGGGUCAAAAUUGGAGGAACUGCACUUCUUAUUUGUACUGCAAAAGUAAAUCACCAGAGAGUUGUGGAAGAUUUGAAUCAAUCAAAUUCACACAGCCUUCUUAUAAACUCUCUUGUUGGAAUGCUUAAUUAUUCCAGAAAUGAGAGGGAUACGGAGGCCAUAAACAUUUGUAGGCAAACUGAAGAGGGGGGGCAUGGUGAAAAUGAGAGAAGUACAGCAGUUAUUGCUGGUGCAAACCUGGUCAUAUGGCUACUCUCUGUCCUUGCCAGUCAUGACGACAAAAGUAAAAUUGAGAUUAUGGAGGCUGGAGCAGUUGAAGUCCUCACUGAGAGAAUCUCCCAUUGUUUGUCACAAUACACUCAGGUUGAUUCUAAAGAGGACAGUAGCAUAUGGAUUUGUGCCCUGCUACUAGCAAUUCUGUUUCAAGAUCGAGAUAUCAUAAGAGCACAUGCAACCAUGAAGUCUAUACCGGUCCUUGCCAAUUUGUUGAAAUCAGAGGAGUCAGCAAACAGAUACUUUGCUGCACAAACUAUGGCCAGUCUAGUCUGUAAUGGUAGCAGGGGCACCCUUUUGUCUGUUGCAAAUUCUGGGGCAGCAGGUGGGCUCAUUUCCUUGCUUGGUUCUGCUGAUGUUGAUAUAUGUGAUCUUCUGGAGUUGUCAGACGAAUUUUCUUUGGUACGUUAUCCAGAGCAAGUUGCUCUUGAGAGGCUGUUUAGGGUUGAUGAUAUCAGGGUUGGUGCCACUUCUCGAAAAGCAAUUCCCGCCCUCGUCGAUCUACUUAAACCGAUUCCAGAUCGUCCUGGGGCACCUUUUCUUGCACUUGGGCUUCUGAUUCAGCUUGCUAAGGAUUGCCCCCCAAAUAAGAUUGUUAUGGUAGAAUCAGGAGCUCUGGAAGCACUGACCAAGUAUCUUUCACUUGGUCCACAAGAUGCAACAGAGGAAGCUGCUACUGAUUUACUGGGAAUCCUCUUCAGCAGUGCUGAAAUACGAAGACAUGAAUCUGCAUUUGGUGCUGUCAGUCAACUUGUAGCAGUUUUACGUUUAGGUGGAAGGGCUGCCAGGUACAGUGCUGCUAAAGCAUUGGAAAACCUCUUUUCUGCUGACCAUAUUAGGAAUGCAGAAACAGCCAGGCAAGCUGUUCAACCAUUGGUGGAAAUUCUAAAUACUGGUCUGGAGAGGGAACAACAUGCUGCUAUCGCUGCAUUGGUUAGGUUAUUGAGUGAGAACCCAUCAAGAGCCCUUGCUGUUGCAGAUGUUGAGAUGAAUGCAGUUGACGUGCUUUGCAGGAUUCUUUCAUCCAAUUGUUCAAUGGAAUUGAAAGGGGAUGCUGCAGAAUUAUGUUGUGUUCUUUUUGGAAAUAUGAGAAUCAGGUCAACAAUGGCUGCAGCUCGCUGUGUUGAGCCUCUGGUCUCUCUGCUUGUAACUGAGUUUAGCCCUGCACAGUAUUCAGUUGUCCGUGCAUUGGAUAAACUCUUGGAUGAUGAGCAACUAGCAGAAUUAGUUGCUGCACAUGGUGCAGUUAUUCCACUUGUUGGCCUACUUUAUGGUAGGAAUUACAUGCUUCAUGAGGCUAUUUCCCGAGCUCUUGUGAAGUUGGGGAAAGACAGGCCUUCUUGCAAGAUGGAAAUGGUAAAAGCUGGAGUAAUUGAGAGUGUGCUUGAUAUUCUCCAUGAAGCACCCGAUUUUCUUUCUGCUGCUUUUGCAGAAUUGCUCCGUAUAUUGACAAAUAAUGCUACCAUUGCUAAGGGCCCUUCUGCUGCAAAAGUGGUUGAGCCGCUUUUCUUGUUGCUAACAAGACCUGAGUUUGGACCUGAUGGACAGCAUAGUGCUCUACAGGUCCUAGUUAAUAUUCUGGAGCAUCCACAAUGCCGUGCUGACUAUAACUUGACGCCUCACCAAGCUGUUGAACCACUUAUUCCUCUUCUAGAUUCUCCAUCUCCAGCUGUGCAGCAGUUAGCGGCUGAGCUUCUGUCUCAUCUACUGUUGGAAGAACAUCUUCAAAAGGAUCCACUGACACAACAAGUGAUUGGACCUUUGAUACGUGCUCUUGGUUCUGGGAUACAUAUUCUACAGCAAAGAGCUGUAAAGGCUCUUGUGGGCAUUGCUCUAACUUGGCCAAAUGAAAUUGCAAAAGAAGGCGGUGUUGGUGAACUAUCCAAAGUGAUAUUACAAGCCGAUCCUUCACUUCCUAAUGUCUUGUGGGAGUCGGCAGCUUCUGUUCUGUCCUGUAUUCUGCAGUUUAGUUCUGAAUUUUAUUUGGAAGUACCUAUUGCUGUCUUGGUGAGGUUGCUUCGUUCUGGCUCAGAAAGCACAGUAACUGGUGUGCUGAAUGCUCUUCUGGUGUUGGAAAUUGAUGAUGGUACUAGUGCAGAAGCAAUGGCAGAAAGUGGAGCAAUUGAGGCCCUUCUGGAACUGCUCAGAUCUCAUCAGUGUGAGGAAGCUGCUGCAAGACUGCUGGAGGUGUUGCUGAACAAUGUGAAGAUCAGAGAAUCAAAGGCUACCAAGUCCGCUAUUUUGCCAUUGUCUCACUAUCUUUUGGAUCCACAAACUCAAGGUCAACAGGCCAGGUUAUUGGCAACUCUUGCACUUGGUGAUAUAUUCCAGAAUGAGACUCUUGCUCGAACUACAGAUGCUGUUUCAGCUUGCCGGGCUCUAGUGAAUCUGCUGGAGGACCAACCCACAGAAGAAAUGAAAGUUGUGGCUAUUUGUGCAUUGCAAAACCUUGUAAUGUAUAGCCGGUCCAACAAGAGAGCAGUUGCAGAAGCUGGUGGUGUUCAGGUUGUACUGGAUCUGAUUGGUUCAAGUGAUCCAGAUACAUCAGUUCAGGCUGCCAUGUUUGUUAAACUGCUAUUCUCUAACAAUACUAUUCAGGAAUAUGCUUCCAGUGAAACAGUGAGAGCUAUUACUGCUGCCAUAGAGAAGGAUCUAUGGGCAUCUGGAACUGUGAAUGAAGAAUAUCUGAAAGCUCUAAAUGCACUCUUCAGCAAUUUCCCACGUCUGAGGGCCACUGAGCCUGCAACACUCAGUAUUCCCCAUCUAGUGACAUCUCUCAAGACUGGUUCAGAGGCAACACAAGAAGCUGCAUUGGAUGCAUUGUUUCUUCUCCGGCAAGCAUGGUCAGCAUGUCCAGCUGAAGUCUCUAGAGCGCAAUCAGUUGCUGCUGCAGAUGCAAUUCCUUUGCUACAGUAUUUAAUUCAGUCAGGUCCACCUCGGUUUCAGGAGAAAGCAGAAUUUCUUUUGCAGUGUUUACCAGGGACGCUGGUAGUAAUAAUUAAACGUGGCAACAAUAUGAAGCAGUCAGUUGGAAAUCCAAGCGUGUUUUGCAAGCUUACACUUGGCAACACUCCACCAAGACAAACAAAGGUGGUAUCCACUGGUCCUAAUCCAGAAUGGGAUGAGAGCUUUGCCUGGUCCUUUGAAAGUCCACCGAAAGGCCAGAAGCUUCAUAUCUCAUGCAAGAAUAAGAGCAAAAUGGGGAAGAGCUCAUUUGGAAAAGUAACGAUCCAGAUCGAUCGGGUUGUGAUGCUGGGAGCGGUUGCUGGGGAAUACACUCUCUUACCAGAGAGCAAAAGCGGGCCUUCACGGAAUCUGGAAAUAGAAUUCCAGUGGUCUAACAAAUAACAGCGGCCCCACCAUAUAUCCUGAGAGGUCCAUUGUAAUAACUCUGCACCAUAAUAUAAUAAUUGUAGGAAGAUGAUAAGUGCUGCUUUCUUUGUUUGUUUGUUUGUUGUUGAGUUUAUUUAUAUGUCAGUGUAUAUAGUCUGCGGGGAAUUUUACAGUUGAUAGUGCUGUUAUUCAUUUCUUUUUUUUUUUUUUUUUCUUACAGUCUUGGAAAAGGCUCAUUUUGUUAAAAAAACAUUCUUUCUGUAAACUCAUUUGUUUGUGUCUGCUC